CGUGUUGUGCGAAUCCGUUGCGCUUCACUGUUAAGGCUGCAGAUCUCGGUCGGUGUUAUGCUGCUGCAUACCUUUACAAUCUCUGCAUUUUUAAGCGCCCGCCCUACGCACAAAGAGACCGCCUCCUCCCAUGCCUAACUAGUCACGUUAUACCCACGCUUUACUAGUUUUGCUGCCCUCCCACUUCCAAAGAGUUUGUGAAGUUUUUCUUCUUGAGCACAAAGUAUCUCUUGUACGGUGUUAUACAGAAGUUGCAAUAUGAGCUUCCAGCGGGAUGGAAAGUAGCUGUUGUAUCUCCUUUGUCGAGUAGAGGAUGCUACACGAAGCUUGAUCACGGCAUAGUACUGCGGAAUACUUGCUAUUUUUUUAACAUUGCAAGGAAUUUACUGUUUUAAUUCUGGAGAUUGAAUGAUUUUGUGGGGAAAAUAAGCUGCAGUACUACAGGUUUCAUUAUUGUUUUUUGGUGAACUAUCUCAGGCAAAAGCUGUCCAGCCAGGAACUCAUCAGGUGUCAGGAGGUGUGAAAUUGUACUGCUGCUACAAGUGGAUGUAUUAAGGAACCCAAGGUGUUCUAGCUAGCUGGAAAGACACUAUAGCAAAGAUCUUUUGUGUUACUUGUAUUUCCCUGGUUGGUGCUAGCAUUACUGGAUUGCAGCUUAAGAGAUCUGGACAUAUGAAAAAGUUGCAUUGGGCAUGGACAUCCAUUUUUAUAGUCGAAAGUGCGCAGCAGCCAACAAAUCAGCCCUCAGGACGACCUAGAUUGUACACAGUGUGGAACUUUCAACGGUGACACUUUUAGACCCAGUCCAUAAUGCCUUUCAGAAUAAAACUGAGACGCACUAGGCGGUAUAAUGUUUUAAGCAAAAACUGCUUUGUGACCAGAAUCCGCCUUUUGGAUAAUAGUGUAAUUGAGUGCACACUUUCUGUGGAGAGCACUGGGCAAGAGUGUCUGGAAGCCGUGGCUCAGAGACUAGAACUGCGAGAGACUCAUUACUUUGGGCUGUGGUUCAAAAGCAAGAAUCAGCAACCAAGAUGGGUGGAACUAGAAAAAGCUUUGAAGAAACAGCUGGAUAAAUUUGCCAAUGAACCUCUUCUUUUCUUUGGUGUUAUGUUCUAUGUGCCAAAUGUUUCCCAACUUCAACAAGAGGCCACAAGGUAUCAGUAUUAUCUUCAAGUGAAAAAAGAUCUUCUGGAUGGGCGUCUGCUUUGCUCUGUAGACCAUGGAAUCAGGCUAGCUGGUUUAGCUGUUCAAGCGGAGUUUGGGGAUCAUAUCCACUUUGACUCGCAAGAUUCCCUUAAAGAGUAUGUUUUGUUUCCCAUGGGCUGGGUCAAUGACGAAGCAGUAUUGGAGGAACUGACUCAGAAAGUGACAGUGGAACACAAAGCCAACAGUGGAAUGCCAACAGCAGAAGCCGAAUUUGCAUAUACUAAAGAAGUAGAACAACUUGAUGGUUUUGGGGAAGAAUGUUUUCCUGCAAAGGAUAACAUUGGUAAUGACGUUCAAAUUGGUGUUUCUUUCAUGGGUAUUUUUAUCAAGUAUAGAACUGGAAGGCCAACCACAGUAUACAGGUGGAGUGAUAUUGGGACCUUCACGCAUAACAAAUCUACAUUUGCUGUUGAGCUGACAAGCAAAGAAGAGACCAUACCUUUUCAUGUUGAGGAUAUGGAAAUGGCAAAAUACCUGUCUCGUUUGUUUACAGCAAAACAAAAAUUUUACAAGCAGAACAAGAUGUGCACAGAACAUUCUACAUCUCCUGAACCUGUCAGAAGGCGACCCACUUGGAGCAGGUCAUCAAUGCCGAGGCAGCAGCCGUUCAUACUUCCUCCUGUCCAUGUCUCAUAUGGGGAGCAUUACACAGAAACGCACACUUCACAAGACAGCAUUUUCCAUGGAAAUGAAGAAGGAUUUUACUACAGAUCGCAAACCAGCCUGGACAGAUAUCCUGGGGACUGUACUUGUAUGAAUGGUACUGUUCCAAAUGGCAGUGUGUAUAGUGCUCCCAGUAUGAAUUCACUAAACCAUUCACAGAACUUUAUUCAGGCUUCUCCAAUGUCUUCCAAUCUGAGCAUCCCAGGAAGUGACAUCAUGAGGCCUGACUACAUUCCCAGCCACAGGCACAGUACAAUCAUUGUACCAUCCUAUAGACCAACACCAGACUAUGACACUGUAAUGAGGCAAAUGAAGAGAAGUGUUUACACAGGUCGUCAGAGCCAGUCCUUAAGAAAUCUAAAUAUUGGGAACACACAUGCCUACAACCAUCCAGAAGGAAUGGUCUACAGCCAGCCUGAAAUUAGGGAAAGAAGCCAGUAUCCUGCAUCUUAUGGUCCUCAGGUGAGCUAUAGUAAACCUGUUGCUCAUUCUGUGCACAUGAAACCUAACACUAACAACUGCAGCAGUAGUCAGUGUCAAACAGCAGCCAGUGCCAUCUCCCACACAGUCAGCACACCAGAGCUUGCUAAUACUCAGCCACAAGGAACACAAAAUUACAGCACAGCCCACAUGCUGAAAAACCACUUUUCAAGGCCUCCACCUCCAUACCCAAGCCCUCGUCCUGCCACUAGCACUCCUGACUUAGCAAGUCAUCGGCACAGAUAUGUCAGUGGCAGCAGUCCUGACCUGGUAACUCGCAAGGUACAGCUUUCAGUGAAGACAUUCCAAGAAGACAGUUCACCAGUUGUCCACCAGUCUUUGCAAGAAGUCAGUGAGCCCCUUACAGUAGCCAAGCAUCAUGCAGUUGUAAGUAAGCGUCAUAGUUUUGAAGUUAUCAGUACCAUGGUUCGUGGCAUGGAAGCCAUAGCUUUAAAGACUUUCAAUGCUCCUUUGCCAAGAAGAAACACUUUAUGUGAGCAGUUGCAGACAAAUGACUCUGUGUCAAAGCCUCAAGAAUGUCUUCAGCCUUCCCAUUAUCACAACAAGACUUUGUCUGAUGCCACAGUGCUUAUACAUAGCAGUGAAAGUGAAGAGGAAGAAACCCCAGAGUAUAAUGAACAGAUUGUACCUCCUCAUGAGACGAAUAUGGACUAUAGUGCACAGCUGCAAGCUGCUUUGGCUAGAAUACCAAACAGGCCUCCUCCUGAAUACCCAGGGCCAAGAAAGAGUGUCAGCAAUGGAGCCCUGAGGCAAGAGCAGGACAAUGUUUCUAGGCUGUCAGCCAGAGAAAAAGCUGCAAGUCCUGGGCAACAUCAGUCUAGUGGUCUCACUCGAACUGAUCAGUUGGCCCUAAAUGGACCUUCUCUUGGGCCAUCCAUCUCUGAGCCUGAUUUGUCAACAGUUAAAGAGAGGGUUAAAAAAGAACCAGUUAAAGAGCGGCCUGUGUCAGAACUGUUCUCUAUCGAGGACAGCAUAGUGGAAAGAGAAAUUAUGUUACGGAAUUUGGAGAAACAGAAGCUCACAGCGUUGGAUGCCCAGAAGAGGCCGUUAAUGUUGGCAGCACUGAACGGGCUUUCAGUUGCACGAGUGACACUUCCUGAAGACACCCAGGAUGAUACAGCCAAGGUACCAGCGGAUGAGAGGUGCCGCAUCUUACAGAGGAAGUUGGAAGAGGACAUGGUUUUCACAGAGUAUGAGCAGAUCCCAAAGAAAAAGCCAGAGGGCGUUUUCACCACUGCUGCACUGCCAGAAAAUGCUGAGCGAAAUCGCUUCCGGGAUGUUGUUCCUUAUGAAGAAAACAGAGUGGAGCUGGUGCCGACCAAAGAAAAUAACACAGGCUAUGUCAAUGCUUCUCAUGUCAAGGUUAUUGUUGCUGGAGAACAGUGGCAUUACAUUGCGACCCAGGGACCUUUACCACACACGUGCCAUGAUUUCUGGCAGAUGGUAUGGGAGCAGGGAGUGAAUGUAAUCGCUAUGGUUACAGCAGAGGAAGAGGGUGGCCGAUCAAAGAGUCAUAGAUAUUGGCCCAAACUGGGCUCCAAACACAGUUCAGCAACUUAUGGAAAGUUUAAGGUGACGACUAAGUUCCGCACAGAUUCUGGAUGUUACGCAACCACUGGCUUAAAGGUCAAACAUCUGUUAUCUGGACAAGAGAGGACUGUGUGGCAUUUGCAGUACACCGACUGGCCAGACCAUGGCUGCCCUGAGGAUGUAUCUGGCUUCUUGUCUUACCUAGAGGAGAUUCAGUCUGUCCGUCGCCAUACCAACAGUGUGCUGGACUCUACCAACAAUGGCAACCCCCCGGUGGUGGUCCACUGUAGUGCAGGAGUGGGGAGAACUGGUGUUGUCAUUCUAGCAGAACUUAUGAUUUGUUGCCUGGAGCACAAUCAAGCAGUAGCUGUUCCAACAAUGCUGGCGAAUCUUAGACAACAGCGGAUGUUGAUGGUCCAGACCAUUGCUCAGUAUACAUUUGUUUAUCAAGUUCUCAUUCAGUUCCUCAGGAACUCACGACUGAUAUGAUUUGAUUUUCAUUCAGUGACAAGGACACAGUAUUUGCCCCUCACCCCCAGUCUGUGGUGAAAACACAACUGGGGAAAGGAGGAUUCUGUUAUUUUCCCUCCAGUAUGCUUUUUGCUUAUUUUUUUACGUUAUUAUUUUAUUAUUUUUGCAUUAAGGUUAAUAUCAUUCCUGUGUUAUGUUUAUUUAUUGCAAAACUAUUGCCUUCUAGUAAUUUUGAUAUAGAAGGCUAGAGUAUUAUUUAAGCUUUGUGUCAAAAAAUUAGUGCAGACUAGUUGAAAUGCAGCUUCUGGCAUUCCCAGAAGUAAAACUGCUGAACCUGUCAAACAUGAUUAUUCUGUCAUAUAGGUACUUUGUAGAUUAUUGUAGUGGAGUUGACAUUUGAGAACCCAUUUUGGUGGGCAUGGAGUGGGACAGGCAGAGGUAAUUCAUUUGGAUCAGUUCUCUCAUCUAUUUUUCCUUAUCCUCAUCUGAUUUAAGUCUCCAGUUUUGACUUCAUACCUGAGAGUUAUUUCUCAAAAUUGCCCAAUUCUGAUGGCAGUAUAUAAUAGUAUUUUAUAUUCCCACUUACAAUUAAUCAAGUACUUACAAGAGGUGAAUAUUCCCAACACAAAAGUGCACUUUUGAGUAAGCUUAACAAGUUUACAUGCAUAAAAAUCAAGUUACAGUUACAAAACUAAUUUAGAAUUGUACUAUGUGAAUGUGUGUUUAAGUGCAGAUUAGUAUUUUAAACCAUCAGUGAUAAAGAGGCAUGUGUGUGUGUGUGUUUGUGUG